AUGUCCUUCGAAGAGCCGCCCAAUGCGUCGCCCGAGGUGAAACGCUCCCGCUUCACCCACCGCCAACUACACCUGCUGCGCCAGGGCUCGACCGCAACCCCUCUUCGCGCCAUCGCGCAUAUCGACCUCGAUGCCUUCUAUGCGCAAUGUGAGAUGGUCCGCCUGGGGACUCCUCGCGACUCACCGCUCGCCGUGCGCCAGUGGGAAUCCCUAAUUGCCGUCAAUUACGCGGCACGAUCGUUCGGCAUCACCCGGAUGGUCACCGCCGCCGAGGCGCGCAAAUUGUGUCCCAACAUCAUCCUGCAGCAUGUGGCCACAUUUCGAGAAGGCGAGGGUGGCCGAUGGGCCUACCGAGAGGAUGCGUUCCGGAAUAUCAAGUCCGAUAAGGUAUCGCUGGAUCCGUAUCGGGCUGAGUCUAGGAAGAUCCUCAAGGCGAUGAAGGAGGAGUUGGAGAGGUGGUGCGUCGAGGAGGGGUCUACAGAGGGAAGCACUGAACUAUUGAGUCUCACCGAGGGUCUAUCGGCAGGCUUGGAGAAGGCCAGUAUUGAUGAAGUCUUCAUCGAUCUGUCUCCCCUCGUCUAUCGAGUUCUACUCCAGCGAUAUCCUGAAUUGCGACAGGGAGCACAGGAUGUGAUUAGAGAUGCGGAAUUGCCGGUUCCGCCAACCACAGCGGUGCAGUGGAAUCACGAAGACUGUUUGAUUGAACUAGAUAUGCACGAAAAAGAGGAAGAUAACCCAGAUUGGGAUGACAUCGUCAUGCUGGUAGGGUCAGAAAUCAUCCGAUCGGUCCGCGGUGCGGUCUGGGACAGGCUCAACUACACCUGCUCGGCGGGUCUGGCGCGGAACAAGAUGCUAGCUAAGUUGGGCAGUGCCUGCAACAAGCCCAAUAAGCAGACGAUUGUGCGAAAUCGGGCCAUCCAGCACUUCCUUGGGACCUACAAAUUUACCCAGAUCCGGAUGUUGGGGGGCAAGCUCGGGGACCAGAUUACAUCUUUCUUUGGGACCGAGAAAGUCAGCGAUCUUCUGAAUGUGCCGCUGGAGCAACUGCGCACCAAACUCGAUGACGGAACGGCCUCAUGGCUAUAUGGGAUUAUUAGGGGUGAUGAUCGAAGUGAAGUUAACCCGCGGACACAGAUCAAAUCUAUGCUCUCGGCCAAAUCCUUUCGACCGAGCAUCAAUUCGGUCGAACAGGCGGACAAGUGGUUGCGUAUUUUUGCGGCCGACAUUUACGGUCGGCUGGUGGAAGACGGCGUGCUUGAAAACAGACGUCGUCCCCGCGUGAUCACUCUUCAUCAUCGAACGGCACAGACACGAUCGCGCCAGAUCCCCAUUCCAGCUUCAAAUGCUAUCGAUGAGAACAUGUUGUUCGAACUGGCGAAGACCUUGAUGCGCCAGGUCCUCACCGACGGACAAGCGUGGCCCUGUUCCAACCUGUCCUUGAGUGUGAGCAGUUUUGAAGAUGGCGUGAGCAAGAAUCGCGCGAUCGAGAGUUUCUUGCUCCGCGGCGACCAGGCCAAAUCCAUGAGCCAGCCUGCGCGGAUUCGCGAUGCCGAUAGUCUCGGUGACGUGGCUCCACCCGAGAAGAAAAGAAAGAUCGAUGACGAGGGCAUCAAGCGCUUUUUUGCUCAACCGCCGAAUGAGAACCAGAACCAGAGCCCCGGCGCUACAGAAGAGAGUCCCCCUGCUGAGCUUGAUCCGACACUCUCUAUAGGAGGUGUGGGAAUGAACGAGGAUUAUGAGAGUCUACUUGGCCAUGUGGAACCUCCACGGUUCAUUUGUCCCCGCUGCUCUAAGUCCUUCCCCGAGUACGAACGGGAAGAACAUGGUGACUGGCACUUUGCCAAAGAUCUGGAAAUUCAGGAACGACAGGACGCGCGUGACGCCCAACAACCGCCGCGCACGACGAAUAGUCUCAAUAGCGCUGGUACUUCUCGAGGCUCGACUCGCGGCCGAGUGGGCCGCGGAGGAGGUCGAGGCAAACCCGAGCGAGGGCAGAUGCGCCUAGCGUUUCAAUGA